UCUAAUAUCGAGAAGUGGGCUGGGCUAUACCAUUGAAACAGUAAUCCAAGUUACAAGCUCUUUCUCUCGUCUCGGCUAGUCUUGUCUCUCGGCUGUGUUACGGUUUAUUCCAACCAGUUUCUUCCCAAGUCUUAUUACUACGAUCUGCUGUGCAGCGUUCAGAAUUGAGAUCUCUUUGACCACGAUCCAAUGAUACACUUUGUGCUGCUCAUUAGCCGUCAAGGGAAGGUCAGACUGACGAAAUGGUAUUCACCUUACACUCAGAAGGAAAGAAGUAAGGUAAUCCGUGAGCUCAGUGGAGUGAUCCUUACCCGUGCACCCAAGCUAUGUAAUUUUGUAGAAUGGAGAGGAUAUAAAGUUGUAUACAAAAGGUAUGCUAGUCUGUAUUUUUGCAUGUGUAUUGAUGAAGAUGACAAUGAAUUAGAAGUUCUUGAAAUAAUUCAUCAUUACGUGGAGAUUCUUGAUCGGUAUUUUGGCAGUGUCUGUGAACUAGACUUGAUAUUCAACUUCCACAAGGCCUAUUAUAUACUCGAUGAACUUCUAAUUGCCGGCGAACUUCAAGAGUCAAGCAAGAAAACCGUUGCCCGAUUGAUAGCUGCACAGGAUUCAUUGGUGGAGACUGCAAAGGAGGAAGCUAGUUCAAUAAGCAACAUAAUUGCACAAGCCACCAAAUGAGAGAGAUCUAAUGUUACACUUUCUUCAUGCUCGUAUGUCUAUCUCUAUGUAUCGAUUAUAUUCGUGUUAUUGGUGAAUUUGUUUUACUUUCGAGCUUUUAGACCCGAGUUGCUGGUCUUGUGGUGGCAAUUUCAAGUUAGUGCAAGUGUGAUCUACCUAUUAUUGGGAGUUACCCCCUUUGUUCGAGGAAUAGUAGACUUUUACUGUAUAUUGUUUUGAGAUUGAAAUUAUAUUGAUUGUUCAUAA